UUAUAUAUAUAUUCACAUUUCCUGUUUUGUAUGACUUCUAGCCAUUCUUUGGUCUGUUCAGUUUGUUUUAAAAUGUAUUUUGUAGAACAACGCAAAAUGUUGAAAAGCAAUAUAAAAUACGUUUAAAUAAAUAAGGAUGAAUUUAAAUACAUUGUAAAAUGGUUAGUUAUGUGUAUGGUAAUUGAAAAUCACCAGUGGAACGUGCACGCGCCCGCCCUCUACACGCUGUUUGCGUAGCGGGCGCUAUGAGGAACAACGCUGAGGAAACAUAGGGGGAACAGACUUCGACAAAACACCUGUUUGAACAGACUUCGACAAAACACCGGAUCGUGUCAGCAGCACGCGUUCUGUCGAAACUUUCGAUUCAGGGCCCUUUCACGUCAAACACGUGAUAUUAAAUAAUAAGGUUAGAAUUAGAUUCCGAUUCAGCUGUUUUGGGAAAUUAAGAAUGCCGGUUCGUGUGUCAAACGGAUAUAAGUCCAUGUAACGGGUCAGCUGUCAACAGUCAGAACAGUUAUCUUCUGUCAGACAUACAGCAUAGAGCGCACCUGUAUGGAAACCGAUGAUACUUUCUGUUAUCGGUUUGCGAAGUAUUUUUUGACACAACUAACGUUAGUAGCGAAGUGCCAGACGCGCAGUGUGAUAACAACACCAAAUGUUGUCGUGUCAAGCUGCAGGAAUGGGUCAGUCGACAAGCCAUCAAAUGCAGCUUGCUGCUGAUUUUAAAACCGGAUCAGAUGCAUUCAGAAGUCUUGGGGCGGCUGUUCCUCUGGCUGUGGUUGAGGAGGUCUUACUGAAUCUGCCUGCAAAGGAAGUGGUACUGAUCUGUCGUUUGGUGUGUCUUGAGUGGAAGGAGCUGGUGGACAGUGCCGCACACUGGAGAGAGCGCUGUCGGAGAGAGGGGAUCGAGCUCCGCGAUGCGUCCAGACCACCAAACGACUGGCGCCUCUUCUACUUUCUGUCAAAGAAACGACGUAACCUGCUCAAAAAUCCCAGAGCUGAAGAGAAGUUACAUCGAUGGAAGCUGGUUGAGAAUGGUGGAGAUGGCUGGAAAACAGAAGGGAAUUGUGCACCACUUCCAAAUGACACAAUUGACAAAUGUUUUGCCACCUCUUAUGGGAUGUGUCUAAAAGAACAGCUGAUUGAUUUGAAAAAAGAAGGCUACAGUCCUGCAUUUAUGGAUCACUUGCAACCUGCUAUUAAAAUAUCAGACUGGUAUGCCCCACGCAGAGAUUGUGGAAGUUUUUACAAGAUCUGCGUAGAGCUGCUUGAUCAGAAGAAGAAACCCAUGAGGACAUUUGACCCUGACCCAGUUUAUUUUGAGCAGUGGAAUGAUCAACAGUGGUGUCCAAUGACACAUGUCUUCAAAGAUUAUGGACGUGGAGUUCGGUUUAUUCGUUUUACUCAUGGAGGGCAGGAUACACAGUACUGGGCAGGCUGGUAUGGAAUACGGGUUAUUAACAGUAGUGUAGAGAUCUGUCCAGCUGCAGAGAGAUGAUUUUUUUAUUCUGGUAUAUCUUAAAAAACACCUUAAAUAUAUAUAUAUUUACAUAUACCUUAAAUCAAAUACUUGAUAUUACAUUUUGUCAUCCAAGAACAUGAAGUAUUUAUCAAAAAUCAUAAUUUUUGCGUUCUCAGCAUGUAACCUUGUUAAUGACAGAUUUGUUUGUACAAAAUAGUGCAACGUACCUCUGUUUAAACUGCUUGCAUUGCAUUAUUCAUAAUAAA